AUGCAAAGCAAUAAUUCUUUUAUAAAUAAAAGCUGUUUCUACUCCCACUUGUUAUUAAAACACUUGAUAUUUUUGUUUAUUCGUUUACAACGAGACAGAGAAAUCCACAGUGUUGGUAUAGAUUAUAGCAGGAAAAGUGCUGUCUUAAUAUUAUUUGCAAUUAGUUCGAAAGCCGAUCUUGAAUGGGGAGAUGAUUGCGUGUUAGAAAAUGGAUCAAAAGGUGUUUGUAUUGAGGCAUUGAAAUGCCAUCAGGCUUAUAGAAGUAUUAAAUUAGGUAUAGGGAACAAACCGAAACUUUGUGAAUACAAAGGAAAAGAUACAACUGUUUGUUGUGAUGAUGAAAAUGUUACAGAAAUUGCAGGCUUUAGAAGUGUACAAGCUUGCAAGAAAUGGGGACCAAUUUUGUAUGAACCCGAUAAAAUUCUGGGUGGAGGUGGUGAACCAUCAUCGACUGCCGAAUUUCCACAUAUGGCGGCAUUGGGAUACGAUGAUACUGAACACAACGAGACGUAUUGGGGUUGUGGAGGAAGUUUGAUCAGUUUGAAAUUCGUUCUGACUGCAGCUCAUUGUCGGAAUAGCAUAGCAUUUGGUCCUGUGAAGUACGUGAGACUUGGAGAUUUGAAUUUGAAAACUACGGACGAUGAAGCCGAUCCUCAAGAUUUCCUCGUUACCAAAACAUACAAACAUCCACUCUACAAACGUCCCAUCAAGUACCAUGAUAUAGCCUUGAUAGUAAUAGAUCGUGCGGCUAUGAUCACCAA